CAUUACAAAUCUUGAUGAAUUACAUCAUAUUUUGCAUCACCUCCGAGAUCAUUAUAACUCAUCUUUGUUCUUGUUUCCUUAAUUUGGUGUUGCGUCGUAAUGUGUCCGUCGGAUAUGGAAAUUGUCUCGUGGGCAUGUCUGGAUAGCGGACAGCACGCGCACGCCUGUAUUACAGGCAUCUGGGUUACGCGUCAGACGGUUACCGGCUUUCGUGUAAUCUUCGUUAAAUGCAAUCCAGUUGAGCUGCAGUCUGGGGUUUCUGAUCAGGCUAUUAACGCAUCCUACCAGUUAAAGGGGCGGAGGGGCUCGCGCGCACUCAACGCGACUGAAACGUUAAGCCGUCGCUGGGAAACGCAUGCUGUCCUCUCUGGAAAGUUCUGUGGAGCGCAGAAUGCCUCCGUUAGAACAUGCAUUAUCAAGAGAGCCACUAUGGAGCUGUACAACAAAGACACAUUUUCUGAGGAUAUCCUGCCUGUUGUCAUUGUUGGUAAUGGCCCAUCAGGGAUUUGCCUCUCUUAUUUGCUGUCAGGAUACACGCCUUACCUUUCCCCCGACGGCGUCCAUCCCAACCCAAUUUUGCAUAACAAACUGACAGAGAACCCUCAUCUGCCUUUGCUUGACCAGGAUCUGGAGUACCUGUGUGAGGGUGUAGAGGGCCGUUCGUCAAACCCUGUGGCUGUGCUCUUCGAUGCCCUCCUCCUUCCAGAUGGCGACUUUGGGGUGGAUUGCGCUUCCCCGCUGAUAUGGCGUCACGAGCCGGAAAGGGCCACUCCCCAUCUUGUACUGGGGAAGGGACCACCUGGAGGGGCCUGGCAUGCGAUGGAGGGCUCAAUGUUGACUCUCAGCCUGGCUAACUGGAUGGAACUUCCUGGUUUGAAGCUGAAGGACUGGAUGAGAGAUAAACGACGAAAUUUACGUAAUGACCGGGCCACACCAGCUGAGAUUGCGUCCUACUACCAGCACUAUGUGACUAAAAUGGGUCUGGAGAGGAGCUUUGCUUGCGGCACCACCGUAACCUCAGUCUCCCGGGUUUCCCUUGAACCCGACUGCUCCGUUUGGAAGAUCCAAGGCCUCCAGAGAAGAGCAAAUGGUGGUGAAGAAAAGGAAGUAAUCGAAGUCCCAUUCACUGUGUAUGCAGAGAAUGUGGUGCUUGCCACAGGAACCCAUGACAUCCCAGCCCGUCUUGGCGUGGAAGGCGAAAACCUUCCUUUCGUGUGCCACAGCUUCUGGGAGCUGGAGGCCGCCAUUUCCUCAGGCCGUUUGGACGGCGCCUCAGAGCCAGUUCUUGUGGUUGGUGCUGGCUUGACGGCGGCAGACGCCGUUCUCGCGGCUCACCACUUGAACACACCCGUAUAUCACGCCUUUAGGCGAUCUGUGACUGAUCCGGCACUCAUCUUCAACCAACUGCCCAAACUCCUCUACCCUGAGUACCACAAAGUGCACCAAAUGAUGAGCCAACAGCAACACAAACUGAGUGAGACAGUGGUUAAUCUGUCCAACCAACCUGCUGAGAGCACCAACUCGUACACCUGUUACCCUGGUUACCUCAGUUACCCAAAGCACCGUGUGGUUGCCUUCAGACCUGAUGGCAAGUGUGUGCUAGAGGAUGAGGAAGGGCUACAAACGGUGCUACAAGUCUCAAUGGCACUCAUUUUGAUUGGUGCCCAUCCCAACCUGUCAUUCCUUCCAGAACAUGGUCGCCCACUGGCGUUGGAUUCCAAAGAGUCAAUCAGCUGUCGUAGGAACCCGUUAGACGUGGAUCCGUACACGUAUGAGAGCGUGAAGGAGCCAGGGAUGUAUGCCAUGGGUCCACUGGUGGGUGAGAACUUUGUGCGGUUCCUGAAAGGCGGAGCUUUGGCCAUUGCAUGUGACAUCGCCCGUAAACGAAGUACAAAACGACAAAGUGCGACAGAAAAUGGCACAACCAGCUCAUUGAAUAUUCAGCUGACCAACUGCACCUUGGAAGCAUGAAAAGACAUAGACUUGAAAAGAGAUUUUUCUAUAUAGCUAUCUGGUACUUCCAAAAUCAUUCAGAAAUGCUCAGUGGUUCUGCUCCGAUUGACGUGAAGGAACCAGUAGCUGAACGGUUCAAGGCCGUUCCCACAUCCCACUGCAAGUGCUUGCAUGCAGACUGCGAAUGCACUGACACAGAUUUGUGUAGUUAAUGGCUAACUAACCAGGCCUAAACAUUAAUCCGAGUCCACGCACACCGGGUGCUUUAACUUCAGGGAUUCAUUUGUGCAUGGCUGCUCAUUUGAAACACUACUCUUGUUCUCACGGCAAUCUUGUUCUGUUGUGCCAAAUUAAUGUUUGUAAUUACCGUGUUUUCAAAUCUAACAUUUUCUUCGUGUAAAGAAAACGCAAAACUAUUCUUUGCCAAGCAAAUGCUGCGCUUGUAUCAAUGUUGGUACUGAUGCUCUUAUUGUCUUCUUCAUUGAUGAAUGUAGAAACCUUGGUGGACCUAAAAAAAUAAGAAAGAUCCUUGUAACAUUUUAAAUUUUUGUCUUCCGUACAUUGCCUUCCCAAGUAAAGCAUACCCCUGUAGUGAGUCCGUUGGUUAUUCCAGCAAACCUGACUUGACUGUCUAGUUUUAAGGCUCUAAGAUUUUCUUGUUUCAUGCUGCUGUUGCUAACUAAAAGCCAAACCUCAGUGAGGUCAGGCUGCACUUACAAAACUGACCACGAGAGGGCCUUUGCACACCGCGACUAAAGCCAGCGACAUUGCAUCAGACAUAAUGAUCCUUCAUGACAUUAUUUGAAUCAAGGAUGUAUCCAACAUAAGCUUAUUUAUGACUGAUAUGGGCCAAAUGUAACUUUGCCUAUGAGAUUGACACAUUAACUGUACUUUUUAGAUAAAAUGCAUAUCUAGUUCAUUUUAAGAAAACGAUUCUACACUGAACAUUGCAACAUUUGUUUUAUCUUAAAAACUAAUUGUACUGUAUUUGCCUAUAAGUUAUGAUCCCUGGCAGCUCUGAUUAAACAUGUUUGUAAAUAUGGUUUGUACUCUUUGGAAAGGAAAAAAAUACAAACAAAAAUUGUAUAUUUUAUGUACAUUGAUUCUUGCAGUCAAACACUUCAAAUAAAAUAAAUGGAGUCUGACAACGCAA